CUCAAAACGUCAUUCUCCCUGUGCGUUUCUGCCUCUCAUUCCAGGGGAAAUCUGCAGACCGUCAAAGCUGUAUAACUACCCGCUGCUCUGAAUUCCAAUAUGACAAACUGGGCCUCUUUUGCCGUAAUUCUACUUUUGGGCUUCUCCAUCCAGGGGACCCUCUCUCAGGAGGAAUCUGCUCCAGUGGAGCCCAGCCAGGCCCCUGUUGAAACCCCAAUAGCAGAGGAUGAGGACGAAUGGGGUCUGAACUCCCUGAGGGGAAGCUUUGAAGCCGUCAAUGGGUACUUUGACUCCAUGCUGGAACUUAUGGGCGGACGUGAUGGAGUGUGCCAGUACCGCUGUCGAUACGGGAAAGCUGCACUUCCUCGUCCUGACUAUCAGAUGCCAGAGCCCAACGGAUGCAGCUCCUACUUCCUCGGCCUGCCGGUACCCAAUAGUGUUGACCUGGGCAUCCCUGCAAUGACCAAGUGCUGCAACCAGCUGGAUAUAUGCUAUGACACCUGUGGCUCCAACAAGUACCGCUGCGACUCCAAGUUCCGUUGGUGUCUCCACAGCAUCUGUUCUGACCUCAAGAAGAGCCUGGGCUUUGUGUCGAAGGUUGAAGCAUGUGAGACAGUAGCAGACACUCUAUUCAACACAGUCUGGACCCUGGGCUGCAGGCCCUACAUGAACAGCCAGAGAGAAGCCUGUAUUUGUGAAGGAGAAGAUAAGGAUGAGCUUUAA